CAACUCAGAUGGUCCCUUGCCUUAACCAGCAUAGACGACGUCAGAUGAUUGUGCUUCCACGCUGCUGGACGACUGCUGCUGGAUGCCAGCUCCUGGAUGCCAGCUCCUGGAUGCCAUCUUCUGGCUUGGCUGCUAGCAGCUGCUACGCUUUUGUUUUUCCUGUCUGUUUAUUCCUUGGUGCACACUGGGAUUCUUACACUGGAUCGGAACUCCGUUAGCUGUUUAUUCAUGACAGAUACCUUUUCUGCCAUGGUUUGUCGCCAGCUUCCUUCUUGCUGCAUCUUUUUCUGCAGCCACACAUGAUCGUCGCAGCGAUCGCGCGUAGCGAGAUGUCUGCCCUGGCACAGAUCAAAGUCGAUUACAUCCUGGGGCUAUGGCGCGGACAGUACCCAGCUGAAGAAGCUACAUAAAGUCCAGACCACGCAACCAUGGAGCGCGCCUCCGUUUGGCUGGACGAUAUCAACGGGAAGGGGCCUCCGUACGAGAAGCCAAGCCGUCGUUUUGAUUUCCUUAAGAUCUUCCAGUUCAUGCACGGUGUAAACAUCCCGUACAACCCGGAAGGUAUCCAACUGCAGGGCCUUGACGCGCUUCUACCGCUCUAUGAACGAAGCGCCGAGUUUCUUCUGGACAUGGCCUGGGACGGCUUGAAAGCCACGACCCCGACAACAGAGAAGCUGGAAGAUCCGUUUUGCAGUGUUCCGCCGCCCGUUUCGUCGUUUUCGCUGGCGUCUUACUCAGAGGGAACGGUGAACGCCGCUAAUGGGAAUUUUUUGGAGGUUUCACAUCCUGACGAAUACCGAAGAAACACGGGUGUCUCAGCGCGCUCCAGUCAGGUUAGCACAGACGCGGAGAGCCCAGUGGGCACUGUUCUCUCGUUAAACUUUUAUUUGAGGAUGGUCAUUCACCUGGUCGCGGACAUCCAUCAGCCUCUCCACAGUCUACUGGCAUUCUCCCCCGCUUUUCCGCACGGCGACCGGUUUGGAACGAAGAUCUCCAUGGUUCUGCCUAAUGGCGAGGAUACGAACCUCCAUGCAUUUUGGGAUGGAGCAGGAAGCGUCUAUACGAAGCGCCGGGGAGAGUUUACUGACGAGGAGAUUGCUGAAGAAGCGCGACGCAUCAAACUGGAAUUUCCCAAGGACAGCCUGGAGAGUCACUUGAAACCUGAGCUUCUUGCACCCAACUUUCGCAAUAUGGCGGAGGAGAGCCAUCGUCUCGGAGCGGCUCUCGCGUACAGAGAAUUCAAUUUCCGCACCUUCAGACCAGCUGAUCUGCCGUACGUACCCACCCACACCUACCUGGCGGACGUGCGACUUGCCUGUCGACGCCAAAUCGCGAUUGCCGGUUACCGUUUAGGCUACGCGCUCGAGGAGUUAUCCGCGUACCUUCCUGUACCCGAAUUCCUUCAAAACCACGUGCAUGCGGCUUAAGGAAGGGGUAGUCGAGAGCGAGGAUUUUCGCAUGGCCGCCGGCGUGCAACGCGCAUCACCUCGGCCUAGCGGUAGCACUGAGGUUCGAGAAUGACGGCCCCGAAUACUUGGGUGAAGGAGGCGUCACCGAACAAGCACUCCUCCGGAGAAAAAUGUCACUAAGGGAAAUCGUGGAGGCGCCGCGGCUGUUCUUGCUGAGUUUUUUCCACGUUGAAGUCUGAUGCGCGCAGGAGCGACUGACUAGGCACUCAACAGAACAUGAGACCGACUCGCUUAGCAGGUGAUUUUUUUCCCGAAGCUUUUCACCGAUAUUUCAUGCUGAAGUGAGCGGCCUGAGCUGCCAUUACGGAGUGGGGACGCACUGUACUCUAGCGUGCCGCGUAUGAAACAGUUCCAUCCGCUUUGCCUGGGGCUGCUUCUCCACUCGAGACGUUUUCAGCCUACGCCAACGCAGUUCUUCCGUGCGAAGAUGCGCAGGUCGAAGAACGCGUUCAUGACGCGUGUUUCCCGUCGACGAAACUAAGUCUCGCCGUGGACAGGGAAAUUUUUUUCAGAAGACAUGCCAACGUCAAUGCUCGUUCGUUUACGUAGCGUGUUACAGUGUUUCAUCCUUUGUGUCAUUGGGUAAGGGAACGCGCCGCGGUCAUUACUCGUUUUUUAUGAACGUGUUUGCGCUGCAUUUUCAGCUUGUUGUUUUGCAGCGCAACACGGUUGCCAGCGUCUCCGCUUCGGUCGCAGUGUUACGCUUUUUUUGGUUGUAAUUGUCAGUGCAGUGCAUGGGACUGUACAGCGUUGGGCAUCCGUGCUUUUCCUUCACCGGCAACAAGCGCGUGAAACUCAAAAGAUGGCAUCCCGCUUCUGUCCUUGCACUUGAGAAAAGCAUCUUACAAGGUGAUCAUUGCGUAGGUGUGCACGUGAUCAACAUGUCAUCGAGGAGGCAUGGUGUGUUUCGUAUUCUUGUGUACUGCGUUUCACAUGUUUUUUUAGAAACGGUUAUAGUGGCUAUGGGUGUAUACAGAGCCUUGGUCGUUCCGUAACAAACUCGAUGCGUCAUUGCCUAGAUCGAAGACGUCAUGCUAAACAGUGCUGAAAGGCCUGUUCUCAUUUAUCACGUGUACGAACAAUGGC